CUUAAACCCCCAACCCUUCUUUGUCUUCCGUGACUCGUCUCUUUGAAACUGAGCACUCGCCGGCAGCACCAGCACCAGCACUCCAGCAGCAAUGGGUAUCGAUUUGGUAGCUGGCGGUAAGAGUAAGGGUUCCAAGCGAACUGCCCCCAAAUCUGACGAUAUCUACCUGAAGCUCCUGGUCAAGUUGUACCGGUUUCUGGUGAGGAGGACUGGUAGCAACUUCAAUGCCGUGAUAUUGAAACGUCUCUUCAUGAGCAAGGUCAACAAGGCACCUCUAUCGCUCUCUCGGCUCAUCCGUUUCAUGGAGGGAAAGGAGGGCAAGAUUGCUGUGGUUGUUGGGACUGUAACAGACGAUGUUAGAGUGUAUGAAGUCCCAGCUCUUAAGGUUACUGCAUUGAGGUUCACCGAGACUGCAAGAGCAAGGAUUGAGAAGGCUGGUGGGGAGUGUUUAACAUUUGAUCAACUGGCCCUUCGUGCUCCUCUUGGGCAGAACACGGUUUUACUCCGUGGUCCUAAGAAUGCCCGUGAGGCCGUGAAGCACUUUGGACCAGCUCCUGGUGUGCCUCAUAGCCACACCAAACCCUAUGUACGAUCAAAGGGAAGAAAAUUUGAGAGGGCUAGAGGUAGAAGAAACAGCAAAGGCUUCAGGGUUUAAGUUGGAUUCUUGGAAGGAAAAAGCAAACCAUGCAAACGACACCUAUCCAAGCAGAGAGAGAUCUAUAAAUUUGCAAUUGCCUUUUGGUUUUUUUUUCUCAAAUCUUUGUGUAAGAGUGUUAUUUUGUCAGGUUUUAACCUAUAACUUUGGACUGUGUAUUUUUGGGUUGGAAACGUUGAAGUUACUAUCUAGUUUCUUGGAGAUAAGUUCAAAAGAAAUUGUUUUAAUUUCUUAA